CCAUUGUGGGUAGUGAGUUGGGUGUAGGUAGUAAACUAAUGAUUUUUGAGGUUAUUGAUUACCCACAACCCACCGCGGUUAACCCACAAAAUCCAUAAUAACAACACUAAUUAUAUUUAUUUACCUAUACUACAUUAUAAUAUAAUAGUAUGUGAAAAGUGGAAGACUAAAAAUUAAAGUAGCCACCAAAAUCAAAUACGCACUUAAACAGUUUUAUAUGAUAAAUUUUUAGUUUAUAAAACACUGUAAUCGAGAGAGUAGAGAAUAAUCGAUUCAUGAAAAGUAGGCACCUUUAGAAACUUUUCUCUGUAUGUUUUUUCUUUUGUGUGAAAGAAAAUACAAGAUCAUAUUUAAUUAUUAUAUUCCACCCCUAGUGAGUGACAUAUGAAAUCACAGUUUCCUGAAACAAAACUUGAAAAGAAAAAAUCUUCACCUCAAGUAAGAUCGAUAUACAAAAUUGUAUCUCCAUGAACAACACAAUUGUAUAUCACUAUAGUCUAGCUACGAACAACAAAUUUGUUAGUGGUAGCGUCAACUCCAUACUUGAAAAGAUGGAUUUUUUUAGGGUAAUCACAUCCAACCCGCACCAACCCACAGUGGGUAGUGGUUACCCACUAGCCACUGCGGUGAGGGGUGUGGUUAGCAUAAUUGUGAAAUUGUGGGUGAGGGUACUCGCAAAAUGUGGGGCGGGUAACCACACCCGCUCAAUUUCCACCCCUAGUCUCAAGUAUUCCACCUUGGCAAUCCUACUUACCUUUGUGGCUUCUGAGAGUUUUUUUUAUAGUUAUGCUGGGAGGUUGUUAGACCCUCACCGGAGCAUGCUGCAUUAUUCAACUGUGGAACUGUGGAAGCAAUGAUGUGCACACGAAGCUGUAUAAUGGAAGACAUGCAAUGAGGUAAGCUGUAAAUACACCUCUCAAUUUGAUUACAUCUUUAUUUGCUUAAGCGUUAACUUUAUUCUCCUGUUUCUUCAGACACUGAGGUUGUUGUGGAGGCAUUGUAGGAAAUAUUUUGUACGAUGUCCAUUGAAGAUACCUCUGUUGAAGAGGCAUAACCUAGGGGUAAGACACUAAAACUUUUUCCUAAUCUUUCAAAGUUUUGACUUUUUUUAUUCAGACAGAAUGACUAAUGUGUUUUGCUUUCUUUUUUCAGGUCCAGGAAUGGUGUUCAUGAGAUCAGCAUUUGGGCAUGAAGAAUGAUUAUUGAAGAAUUUUUUGUUGCUUGUUUUGGUUUUCUCGGCUAGAGGUUCAUCAUUUUAGGUGUCACUGUGAUUUUUAGAACAAGGGCAAUCCAUAUGUGAUUUUCUUUAUUAAAUCGCUAGGUGACUUCCAUUUUCACGGUAAUUUUUUCAUGCUCACUCUAGUGACAUUAUGGUGUUUAACAAUAAUGGUUUGAUUUAAAGCUAAUGGCUUGGUUUGGAUUGUUCAUUUCAGUAUUUAUGUAUUAUUGUUUCUUUUAUAAUGCAAUGGGAUCGUUAAGGGAAACGGCAUGGCGUUUUGGACUCGUCCAAGCUAAUAUGGGUGUCGUAUUACGGUGAUACUCCGUGUCUUAAAGCCUGGAAAGAAAAAUCCUCGGAAACAAAUUGGCGUCCCUCAGCCGCACUCCGACUUCUCCGUCGUCACUCUCUCACUCAAAGAAUCGAGUCGACGGAGAUGGUAACUUCCACGAUCUAAUCGCUUCCAAUUAUCCGAGCACAGUCGAGGAAUCCGCCGCCGCCCGUUCCUUCUGCUCCCUCCGCCCGACUUGCUGUGAGUAAACCGAACUUUGUCUACACACUCACUCUAGGGUAGAUCUGUUUGCUCAUUCAUUUUCUUGAUCUUUGAAUCCUCAACUGGUAACUGUAAUUGGAAAUUGCAACAACCCAUUGACUGAAGAUGUUUGAUUUUGUUCUGGGUUCUUCGGAAUCUUUUGAAUCCAUCACCCUCCAAUCCUUCAUUCUAUUAUAUUCCUUGGGUUGCUUUUGUUUCGAUGGUGCGCUUCCGCUUUCCUAUUUCACACGCCUAUUAAUUUCGAGCUUAUUCUUGCAUGUUCGCUUUUCUUGACCGGAGAAGGAUUUCCAGAUACUCUAGCUUCCACAGCUACUUGCUUUUGCUGCUAAGAUUCAGUCUGUUGGGAUGGGUGAUAAGAACGAUGAUCAUUCCUCGCCUAAAAAGGAAAACCCAGAUCAUGAUUCCGAGACUCCUAACCCUAGUGAUUCCCAGGAGGAUAACUCCCUCGAAACCAUAGUUCGAAAGUUUCAGGACUCGAUUUCUGUAGGCAAGCAACACAAGUUUUGGGAAACCCAACCAGUGGGGCAGUUCAAGGAUGUCGGAGUCACGGAUUUGCCUGAGGGACCUAUUGAACCAGCAACUCCUUUGUCCGAGGUCAAACAAGAGCCUUACAACCUGCCUGCACAAUAUGAGUGGACUACUUGUGAUAUGGAGUCUGAUGAGACCUGCAAUGAGGUCUAUGCUCUGCUGAAGAACAACUAUGUUGAGGAUGAUGAGAACAUGUUCAGGUUCAAUUACUCCAAGGAGUUCCUCAGCUGGGCGUUGCGCCCUCCCGGGUACUACAAGAGCUGGCACAUUGGGGUACGUGCUAAAGCUUCCAAAAAGCUUGUUGCUUUCAUCACGGGGAUUCCAGCAAGGAUCAGGGUACGUGGGGAAGUGGUGAAGAUGGCUGAGGUCAACUUCCUGUGCGUUCAUAAGAAACUAAGGUCAAAGAGGCUUGCACCGGUCAUGAUCAAAGAGGUUACUAGGAGGGUUCAUUUGGAGAACAUUUGGCAAGCAGCUUAUACAGCUGGUGUGGUUCUGCCAACACCAGUAACCACUGCUCAGUAUUGGCACAGGUCGUUGAACCCCAAGAAGCUUAUUGAUGUCGGCUUCUCCAGGCUUGGUGCAAGAAUGACAAUGAGCAGAACUAUAAAGCUUUACAAGUUGCCAGAUUCACCGGUUACUCCUGGAUUCAGAAAAAUGGAGCUUCGUGAUGUCCCAGCUGUCACUCGGUUACUUAGGAACUACUUGGCUCAGUUUGUUGUUGCACCUGAUUUUGACGAGGACGACGUUGAGCACUGGCUUCGCCCGGUCGAGAAUGUCAUUGACAGUUUCGUGGUUGAGAGCCCAGAGACUCAUGAGAUCACUGACUUCUGCAGCUUUUACACUCUGCCGUCCUCGAUCCUCGGCAACCAGAACUACUCGACUUUGAAAGCUGCUUAUUCCUAUUACAAUGUCCCCACCAAGACCCCAUUACUACAGUUGAUGAAUGAUGCGCUGAUAGUAGCCAAGCAGAAGGAUUUUGAUGUCUUCAACGCCCUCGAUGUUAUGUUCAAUGAGUCGUUUGUGAAGGAGCUGAAAUUCGGGCCAGGUGAUGGGCAGCUUCACUAUUACCUUUAUAACUACCGUUUGCAGCAGGCACUUCGGCCAUCUGAACUUGGUCUGGUUCUCUUGUAGUUCAGGGUUGAUGUAGGGGAUCUUACAUGGAUUUUUCCCGUUACCAUUGGAUUGUUACCCCAGAACAGUUUUGUUUACUCUCAUCUUCAUUUUUUAACUAGUCGUAUUUCGCCCAUGAAAGUUUACACUUUACACAAUGUUGGUUGUUGGUUAUUUGGAUGUUGAUGUGGGUGAUGAAUAACAUUUUGAGUUCGUCGGAAUCUGUCGAUGCUGAGUUUGUAAUAUUGUCAGGUAGUUCUCUUGUUGUUGCUGCAGGCCUUAAGGGCACUUUGUAUGCAAGAGCUUCGUAUUUGAACAAUUGAAGUUUGAGAUUAAUGGAUACUAAACUGUUCAAGACCAUUAGAUUGAGGGAAUUCGGCUUACGAUGAUGUGUUGAUAAUGUAAUUAUGAAUUCGUAAUCUCUGCCCUUCAACAAUCGGACUGGAUGAUGAACUGAAUGCAGAAAACCGUGCAAAACUAAAGUGUACUUCAAAAC